AUGGACCACCAUGCACAUGCACACUCACAUGACCAUGGCGAUGCUGCUACUGCCGCUAACAAGGCUCGCUUUGACAAGACCGCAGAGCAGUAUGAUGACAUUCCGGGUGUAUUGGACAUGCACAAGAGACAGAGCGCUGCCAUUAUGCAAAAGUACGGAACCCUCUUCGACGCGAGCAGCACGGACUUGCUGGAUUUCGCUUGUGGAACGGGCCUCCUCUCACAGGCACUGGCUCCCCAUGUCAGGUCGAUUCUAGGGGUCGACAUCAGCAAUGCCAUGGUAGACCGCUACAACGCUCGGGCGGCCCAGGACGGCUUUGGGACCGACGAGAUGCACGCCAUAUGCGCUGAACUUAAGGAGGGGAACGAGACCGAGCUCAAUGGACGCAAGUUCGACAUCGUAGUGUGCUCGGCAGCCUAUCACCACAUGACUUCUAUCGAGAACACCACCCGCCUGUUGUCUUCUUGCCUCAAGCCAGGCGGAUCGCUGUUGAUCACGGAUAUGAUGGCAAGCGACGACUACAAGGUCCUCUCCAGGAUGCCAUACGCGGAGGCCGUUCCGCACAAGGCUGGUUUUGACGAAGCCACUAUACGUGCUACGUUUGAGGGAGCUGGGUUGGUAAACACUGAGUAUGAAUACAUGCUCUCUGCGACGAUACACGAUACGGAUGUGAACUUCUUCCUCGCGAGAGGUAUCAAGUCAGUGAUGUAA